AUGACCCUUAAUUCUGCCAGGCAUAUCAAUAUCAAUUAUGUUUUGCAUGUCAAAGCCAUCAUGGGCACAGGACAUCUUCUGGUGAUGGAUCUUCCCGUCAUCAUGUCUAACUGGCCGAGAAAUGUUUCUCAGGAAGCUAUACGACAUAUUGGACCCGCACCUGGUCUGUCCCUCUUGGCUCCACACUCUGUUUUCACUUCUGUAGAACCAUCACCUGUGACGCGCCAUCAACCCACUCAAUCACAGAGCUAUGAUGGUCGACCUUCUCAGCCAGACACAGUGUCCGUCAAAUCACCCGUGGCAAGUACUUUUGCUUCAUCAGCCCAGCCUCGAAUGAAUGGAUACACAAAUAUGAAAACGGACGAUUUUGGCUAUGGUGUUGGCUACGGGCAUAAAACCACACCCUCAAAUUCCAAUAGCAUUGAGGGUGAGCAAAAGGAAAGGGAAACAGGAGCAUGA